AUGGUCAAAACUUCAGACGUCCUAAUUAUUCUAGUCGCAAUUAUCUUUCCACCAGCGGCAGCCGCAUUCUUGACGGGAUGCAGCUGCGAUCUUCUCAUUAACAUCUGUCUGACUCUUCUCGGCUAUAUUCCUGGUCAUAUUCACGUGUUUUGGCUCAUCUACAAGAAGAUGCAGGCCGAGGAGCGCUACGGAGCUGGAGGCUUCCAAUACAUAGGAAACGGACAGUACAAGCCUUAUCCUCAAGCUCAGGGCGCAUUAAUUCCUGGUCAGGUUCCGCCCAACUAUGGUGCCACUCUGUGAUCUCGAUCUUCACAUAUACCUUGUUUCUGGAUGUAUAUACUGGUUCGGGCGUACUUCUAAUGACAACACAUGGCUGGAAUAUAUCUUUUUUCCCUAUCAUAUAUUCCCAACGGACGCUAUGAAAGAUACUCACCCG